AUUAUCCCGUAUCCGGUCGGGGACCGCGCAUAUGUUCCUAAUCGCGCGCGUCGUGUUUGUGUACUCUUUGCUUUUAUUAUUUUUAUAUUUAUUUAUUAUUAUUAUUUAUAUUGGUUUUUUCACACACACACACACUCACGCUUACAUCAGGCAUCACGCGCGCGCGCACACGCCACUACGCCAGUACGCCACAGUGCCACACUCUUCUUCACUCCCGAACGUGUUUUUUUCUUUUUUCCUUCAUUCUUGAUUCUUACACUGAUUAUAAUUAAAUCCGUUUGUGUUAGUCGUACGCUUUUUUUUUUGUUGUUUUUUUUUCUUCCGAUCACAAUAUUUAUUUAUACAUUUUUUUUUAACACACUCACAUCCGCACGCAAAAUCAUUUCGUCGUGUACGCUCGCCGCCGUAUUCACCACAAUAUAUAGGACAUAUCCGAGAACACUAGGCAUACCCACCAAUAUUGUCGAUUUACUAUAUUCGACUAUCGUUUCGCGUCGCAUUGUGCACGCACAAGCAAACCGCUUACUGUGCUUAGCCCCUUCGCCGACAGACAUAGUUGGACCUAACUACUAAUUCGGGCCUAACAGACGACAACACACGCUCUACGAUCAGAGUGUAUCAGCUUCUUUUACUAUCACUAUUAUCGCUAUCGGUUUUCAUCGUCUUUGCAGAAUUUUAAUUGACGGACUGCUGCGAGCUGUGACAAGAUGAUCGACACCAAGGCCUAUCGCUUUUUAUGAACACUGCCGGAGUCCAGUCGCACUACAGCUAACCAGAGAGCGUUUGUAAGAGUUUUCCACGCUAAACAUAACGUUAUUAAGUUUCCUUUGUAUUUUCUCAUCCUUCUUUCCUGCAUUAUUGUCAACUAAUAUGUCACAAAUGAAACGAGGCCGCAAGCUAACGUAUACUAGCAUUGAAGAGAGAUAUCAACACUUGGAACUGUCUACUCUGCAACAACAAACAUUUAGAUAUAAUAAUCACAACGUGGCGGAUAAACGUGUUGGAUCAACUAUGGUGCCUAACCGAAUUUUUGUCGGUGGUUUAUCGAAUGGCACUUCCGAACAAGAUCUGCGAAAUUUCUUUUCAAUUUAUGGCGAGGUUAAAGUUGUAAAGAUUGUCAAAGAUAAAGCUGGAGCUCUUAAAGGAUUUGGUUUUAUUACUUUUGGUUCUGAAGAAGAAGUUAAAAAAAUAAUUGAUGCUGGCCCUGUUUUGAUAUUUAAAGACAAACGUAUCAACAUAGCUCCUGCUUAUGAGAAAGAUAACAAAAGUAAUUACGAUUCCAACAACUCUCCUCAACAGCAGUCACACUUAAUGUCCUAUAGUAGUCAAGUUCAACAAUAUUCAGUUCCUCCAUUACCAACUCCAGCUCAACCAAUGUUAGCGCCAGUUAUGUACACCUAUCAAAAUGGAAUGGCUUUUUUUAAUAUGCCAAUCAAUGGAAAUGCACCAGUGACUCCUCAACCACCUGGUCCACCAAACUCCUCUUCAACAGAAUCCCUUCCUAAUGUAUAUGCAGCUCCUUAUGGAACACAAAAUGCUACUAGCAUGCAAGGUUAUAGUGGUCAACCUAUAUUCUAUCCAAAUCCAGUACCUCAAGUGCUGGUACAACAAGCUUAUCCUAAUUUACCAGUAAGCUCGGUUUGUAACAGUACUCAAGGAUCUAAGGUUCUUUUUUCGGUGCCAUGUGAUACUCCUUAUUAUUCGGGAAAUCAAAUGUCAAGUAUGAUACCAGCUCCUGAUAUGGCCUAUCCAAUGCCAAUUAUGUCACCAUAUAUGCCUUAUAUGGUUGCAACUUCUGAUGGUGGUUAUCCGUAUUAUGAUCCUGUUAUGGAAAAUAUUCAGGUUGUUCAUCAACCAGUAUUUACUGAACAGUGCACAAAUCCUAGACCACCAUCAUCAGAUACUUCGGUAGGACAAGCGCAAGUAAUUACCACGAAUCAGUUUGUAUCAUUGAUGUCAGUAGUUAGAAAUGAUGAGGAAAAACCUCAGACAUAUACAUCUGAACCUCAGCAGUUAUGCCUAACUCCAGUCAUAAGUUUAGCAGAGCCUCCACCACAAACAGUCUCUCAACCAAUUGUUUCUAAGCCGCCCACCACAUCGUCUUCACCACCGGAUCCUGAAAAAUCUGACCAAUCGCCUAAUCAAUUACUUAUGACUCAAAUCCAGUAUAAUAUUAGACAUCCCCCACCUUCUAUAAAUACACGUCCAGAGCAAAAGGACUGUGCGAAGCAACGUGGUGACGCUAAUCAAUAUCAGAGCAACAACAAUAAUUUAUCUAUUAAGAAUAAUAAUGAUUAUAUGAAAAAUGGACCUAAAAAGUAUCUAGAGGCUCGUACAUUUUAUAAAACAGGGCCAACUACUAUACCUCAUCCCAGGCAUACUAAUACUACCGGUCCUAUGGUCAAUUCAUCUUUUACUAGCCCAUUUUUUGUUCCUAAUACAAAUUUCCGUCACCGAUUUCCUAAAAUGCACUAUCCUGCUGUUCCUCAGGUGAUGUUAAAUCCAAAUUAUCCUUAUCACAAUCAGGGAAAUGUACGUCCCUCUAAUGGCCAUCAGAUGUUCAACAACAGAGGAGCGAGGUAUGGUGGUGGCAACAACUACCAAAACAACAAGAAAAACUAUAAUUCUUACAAGGGAAAUAGAAUCAAUCGAUAUACAUCUGACCAAGGUGAUAAUCCUGAAGUUUCAAGCAGUGAAGAUUGUCGUACAGACCAGCUAACCAGUGUUGAUAUGGGCCCCCCUCAGGUAGAAGGAAUAUGUUCGGACAUGAGGUCCAUGGCCAUUUAAAAAUAAAAACAAAGAAUUGCCGCUUUUUUAUAUGAUCAAAGAUUAAUAGCUCCGACAAGACUGGCCAGCUCCUACAUUUUUUUGAUUUUUUAUAGUAUUAUUUAACUUAAUUCCCCCUCCUCAUAAUCCAGAAAAUGGCAACUAUCUUGGUCUAUAAAAAAAAUAUAUUUAUAUUUAUACUUGCAAAAUGUUUCGCCCUCUGUGUUCAAAAUUGUUAUUUAUUGAUAAUUCAUAAACACUUAUUAGUAGGUAGUUAUGCAAAUUGUGGCGACCCUUAAUGACAAAAAAAGGCUGUUUAACUGUGAUAAAAAAUUAUUUAAAAAAAAAAAUUAAUAUCCAUUGUUCAGGCACCUUUACGUACUUAAUCCAAAAGUCUUAAUGAUUUUUGCUCAAUAGUGCUCGAAAGAAUUUAGGUCUUAUAUAUCAAUGUAUAUAUACAUAUAUUAUAUAUAUUUUAUCAUUGUUAACAUAUAUUAUUAAUGCCAAGAAUAUUAUAGAUAAAUAAUAAAAAAAUUAAUAUCGACUAAAAGUACAUUGACAUUCUUAAAUGUAUAGUAUAUAGUCAAACUUAAUAUUAAUAUACUCACUAUUUGCAAAAAUAACAGACGGCAAGAAUACUAAUUAUGAUGGGUAACAUAUUGUAUAUUCAUCAGUUUACUGUAAACGUAAUAAAAAUAAAAAAACAAAGUAAUAGUAACUCUAUAAAGUGAUUUUUAUUUUGUCAGUGUUGAGUUUUAUCAAUUGUACAAUAUUUAUUUAAUGUGUUAUUUAUAAAAAUUUUAAAUUAUUCAAUAUUUUAUUGUACAGCAAAUAACUUAUUGUCUACUGAAUAUUUUUUAAAUUAAAAUUUAAUUUUGAAAUAUUUAAACUUGCAAUGAUAAUAUUUGACACUCUAUCAAAAGUAUGAUACAAUUAAAUAAAUAUAAACUUGAUUUCUAUUAUGUGUUACUAAAAUAUGUAUUGGAUGUAUAAUAUAAAAACGAAAUAUUUUCUACUUUAGAGUUAUUAUAUACUUGUUUAAAAAUUUUAGAAGUCUGUAUCUUUCAGUCUAAUAAUCUACCAUUGUUAUUGGUACAGUUAAAAUCAGUUUUAACUAAAUAUGAAAAUAUCUAUUUAUUACAGUUAACCUUUUUUUAUUAUUAUUAAGGUUAGCAUUUUUUCUAAAUUGAUUUGAUUUGAUUUCUAAAAUAUUAAUCUAAAGCAAACUUAAUACAUGAAUUACCCAAAUAAAAUCAUAAAAUUGUAUGUUAUUUAAUUUUAAAGUUCAAUAUGAUUAAAUAAUUUUGUAAAUAUAAUACUACAUAAUAUAUUUUAAGAUGACAAUGAUGAAAUGCAACACAAACGACUGAAAGUUAUUUUGUUUUAACAUUACGUGAACAACAGUAGUUUUAUUGUGUGCCCAUGAGAUUCUCGUUACUGCCAAGUAUAAAUGUAUAACAAUAACUUAUAACUAUUAGAGGCAGGAUAGAAAGGGAAGAUAUUAUUAAAGCGGUAUUUUUUGUGGACAAUUAGUGAUCUCUGAAUUACUGGUAUUCAUUUUUGUAUCCUAUUGUAAAUAUAAAAAGUAUGUUAGUGACAAGUUAAUUAGUUUUUAAGAUUGUUCAGUAGUUAUUAAGUUUGUUAAGUUGCAAUUAUAUUUAUAGUUUAUACUUACUAUAUUUAUAGUUAUUUAAUAAAUAAUUUAAAAUAAAUUGUUUAUAGCAAAGUGAAAAGAAAA